AUGUACCACAACCUAACAAUACCGACAAGGCUGCAGUACUUUCCGCCGCCGGUGCCGCUCGCCGAGCUCCACCCUCCCAGCGUCGGUUUAUCAAACAUAUCUCCAGAUCUGGACCGCGGAAUUGACUUCUUCACAUGGCGUGACGAUGCGAGUUCCGACCUGUGUGCCAGCCAUUACCAGCCGCCUCGACCUUGUACAUCCACGGACAGCCUGCCUCCAUGA